UCUCCUAAAUUCUCAUCUUUCUCAACAAAAUUCUUACAAGAAAUCACAAUGUCUAUCUCAAAAUCCUCAAACAAGCCCUUCAAUCUCUUUGAACCUAUUCUUACAGAAACAGGUUUUGCAUUAUUACAACGUAAUAUAUCUAUCCCUUUGUCAACUGAAAGGAGAGGCAGAAAAAAACAAACAGAACCAGGAAGAUUUCUUGGUGUAAGAAGGCGACCUUGGGGCAGAUAUGCUGCUGAAAUAAGGGACCCUACAACCAAAGAAAGACACUGGCUUGGGACUUUCGAUACUGCCCAAGAAGCUGCUCUUGCAUAUGAUAGGGCUGCCCUCAACAUUAAGGGCACGCAAGCAAGAACCAACUUUAUAUAUUCUGAUAAUUAUAGUAAUACACCUUUUCAAUCUUUUUUGAGUACCCCUUUUGAUCUCCAAGGUUUCUUGCAGCAGCCCACAAAUCAAAACAGUGCGUCCUCUUUGACGUCGACUUUGCAGGUACCGAUUCAACGUACUGAUCAAGACGAAUGUCAUCAAAAUCAAAACAGUACGUUUCAACCUGACAUUCCACGAAAAAAUAAUCAGCACACAGUGAAAACUGAUUAUGAUAACAGUUUCUUUAUGUCUGCUGAUAGUACAAACUCAGGGUAUUUGGAUUGCAUUGUUCCUAACAACUGUUUGAAUCCUCCUCCUACUACUACUGCCGCCAGCAUGAACUCAAACAAAACCAAUGAAAUUAAUUCUUCGCAUAAUCAGGAUUUCUACUCAGAUCUGAGUUUCUUGCAGAAUCUGCCGUGUUAUGAUAGUAAUGAGUUUCUUGUUGAUUCGACAAGUGUUUCGACAAUGAUGAACCCGGGAAGUAUCUGGAAUGAUGAUCAGCUGUCAUGGGGACUGAGUUCUUCUGAACUUUCAGCCAUGAUAAACGGUUCUUCAAAUGGAUGCAUGGGAACUUUGGAUUCAAUGUGUGAUUAUCCAAGUUUUGAGAUGAAGGAUCCAACGAGUUCAGCAGAAAGUUGCACAUCGUUAUUCCCUUCUUUUGGGGACGCAGCAGACUUGGGGUACACUCCUUUUUGAAUGCUGAUGAACAUUGAAGAUUAAUUUGAAGCAACUCUGUAAUUUUGAAAUCUAUUUACAUCUCUCUCUCUCUCUCUCUCUCACCUAUCGGUACUUCAAUGUUAGUCGAUUGAGACCUUCACUUAGUUUCACUCAAGUUUCUUCCUAGUCAUGGAUGGUUCACCUAAGUUCGAGUCCAUAAGCAGAGUGGAGAGUAUUUUGGUUACUCCUGUGAUG